AUGAUAAUUAGCUGGUACCAUGGUUCAAUUGGACGAGUGGAGGCGGAGAGACUGCUCGAGAACCAACCAGUGGGCUCUUAUCUGGUUCGUGUCAGUGAGAGUAAUUCUAAAGAUUAUUCACUUUCACUCAAAAACCAGUCAGGCUACUUGCACAUUAAAAUUGUCCACCAGCCAGCCGAUGGUUUCAUUCUAGGUCAGUUCAGUCAGCCAUUCGACAGCAUCUCGUCCAUGAUUGGCUUCUACAAAUCAAACAAACUGCCAAUCAGAGGCAACGAGAACCUCAAACUUCUUCGUCCGAUGAUCGUCGAGGUCCUCUGA